AUGCGGCCGGGUACUCUUGCGCAGAAAAUGAAUCGAAUUUAGGAAAACCUUGAAUUAAAUUCGAAUAAAAAUACAUUCGCACGUUGUGACAGUAGUUCUGAAGUUUUGUAAGAGUGAGAGGGAUACAAUGUGGGGUUUAAAGCGCGUGGGAGCGAGACAGUUAAAGUGGGAGAGAAAGAAGUAUCAUUCUGGAUUGGGUGUGUUCGGGCAUCGACCGACGCAGGCGCAGGCCAAUGAUAUUGACACCCCUGAAGAGGUAUUGAGCAGAAGAUAUGAGAACUGUCGCGCCCAGAGCCUGGUCGACGCUUACCGCAAGUACGGGCAUAUGCGAGCUGCCAUUGACAACGUUGACUUUAAGAAAGAAGAAAGGAUAGUUAAAGAGUUAAACACGGCAAGAUAUGGUCUCAAACCUGACGACCCAGUAGACCUGGGUCUUCUCUACGGAGCCAGUGGAAAACAAUCAGUGGGGAACUUAGUGGAGCAGCUGGAAAAACUAUACUGUGGCAAUAUAUCCUACGAAUUCACACAUUUAGAAACUGAAGCAGAGAGAGAGUGGUUUGCCCAACGCGUGGAAGCUACAUCGGAUUCUAUAGACACAGACCGUCAGAAAGAGAUAGCUGCAGAACUCCUGAAAGCCCAGGUGUGGGAGAAGUUUCUCUCAGUCAAGUAUCCUGCUGUGAAACGAUACAGUUCCGAGGGAGCCGAUUCACUCAUGGUCAUCCUCUCAACGCUGUUUAGAAAAACUACUUCAGAUGGCAUCGAAUACGUGACCCUGGGAAUGCCGCACCGAGGCAAGCUGGCAGCCAUGAUCACCCAGCUGAACUGCCCGCCGGUCAAGAUCUUCCACAAGUUCAAUGGAAACAAGGAGUUUCCUGAUGAUGUCGACGCCUCCUGCGACAUUGCUUUACAUUUUUCCCUCUCGUCGGACAUAACUGUGAACAACAAGACAGUGAGAUUCUCAAUGCUGAACAAUCCAUCACAUUUGGAGAUUGUAAACCCAGUGUCCAUGGGCAAGGCGCGAUCCAAGCAGAUGGUGCUGAAGGAAGGAGACUACUCGGCUGAUGGGUCUACCCAGAUCGGGGAUAAGGUCAUGAAUGUGCAGUUCCAUGGCGACGCGGCGUUCACCGGACAAGGCGUGAACCAGGAGUGUCUGAUGCUGAGCCAGGCACCUCACUUCAACGUCGGCGGAUCCUUGCACGUCGUGGUCAAUAAUCAAAUAGGAUUCACGUUGCCCUCGGAGCGGAACCGUUCUUCUAUGUACACCACUGACUUAGCCAAGAUGAUCGCAACUCCUGUUAUCCACGUCAAUGCUGAUUAUCCUGAGUUGGUAGAGAAAGCAACGAAGAUAGCGUUCGACUAUCGCCAGAGGUUCCGCAAGGAUGUCUUCAUUGACUUCAACUGCUACAGAAGAUGGGGCCACAAUGAAAUGGACGACCCAUCCCUCACCAGCCCUCUGCUGUACCAGCUCAUCCAUAGCAGAAAAUCCAUAGCAGAUUUGUAUGCCGAGAAACUGGUGUCAGAUGGCGUUAUGGCUGAGGAAGAAGUAAAGAACAUAACGACGGAUUUUACAGCUUAUCUGCAGAAGGAACUGGAAGCGUCAGUUUCCUACCGGCCGCAGGCAGACUACUUCAAAGAGCAGUGGUCCAAGUUAACACUGGCACCUAAAGCUGUGGAGGUCUGGGACACCGGCUUCGACACGAACCAGCUCAAGAUGGUGGGAGAAGCGUCCGUCGCGGUCCCUUCAGGUUUUAAUACUCAUCCGCAACUAGCCAAAAUGCACGUCAAGAAUCGCCUGAACAAACUACGGGACGAGAAGAAUCUAGACUGGUCUACCGCUGAAACUUUAGCUUUUGGUUCUCUCCUCCUGGAAGGUAGAAACGUGAGGAUCAGCGGCGAAGACGUCGGCAGAGGAACCUUCUCUCACCGUCACGUGAUGCUGAUUGACCAGCAGACCAACAGGAUGCACAUCCCCUUGAACAACAUGAGGGAAGAUCAGAAAGGUUACUUGGAGGUGGCCAACACAAUCCUCUCGGAGGAAGCAGUCCUUGCCUACGAGUACGGUAUGGCUUACGACAAUCCUGAGCAUCUGUUCAUUUGGGAAGCACAGUUUGGAGACUUCUAUAACGGAGCUCAAAUCGUUAUCGAUACUUACAUUGGAUCUGGUGAAAAGAAGUGGAUGCGAAGUAACGGCCUAGUAAUGCUCCUCCCUCACGGCUACGACGGGGCUGCAUCGGAACACACGUCCUGCAGGAUUGAGAGGUUCCUGCAGAUGACUGACAGUCUGGAAACGGCCCCAGACUCCGACGCCGUCAAUAUGCAAGUCGUGUACCCCACCACCCCUGCUCAGUACUUCCAUUUGUUGAGGAGACAGAUGGUUCGAAACUAUAGGAAACCUUUAAUAGUGGUGGCUCCUAAGAUUAUGUUGCGGCAAGCAGAAGCAGUGUCAUACCUAUCGGAAUUUGCACCAGGAACAUUCUUCCAAACAAUUAUCGGUGACCAUUUAGCUGACCCACUGAAAGUGAAGCGGGUAAUAUUAGUGAGCGGCAAACAUUAUUACGAGCUGCACAAGGAGAGGGUUAGAGCGAAGAUCGAUGACGUUGCCAUCAUCAGAGUGGAGAGUCUCUGUCCAUUCCCAUUGCACGAGCUGCAGCAGCAACUGGACAAAUAUAAGAAUGCUAGAAAAUUCAUCUGGAGUCAAGAGGAGCACAGGAAUAUGGGAGCGUGGACCUUUAUCAAACCUCGGUUUGAAAACCUUUUAGGAAGAAAGAUCGUGUACGCCGGUCGGGUGGAAGCAGCGGUCCCAGCGGUAGGCGCCAGGGUGCUCCACCAAGCUGAAGUCCAACACAUAUUGCACGAACCACUCUACAAUAAUACUGUAUGAAUAAGAACAUGCUAGAUUAAAUAGAUUCUGCGUUACAGCAUGGUACGUAGGACAGCUGUCGGAAUUAUACAUUCCAUCUCUUUAACACAAGGCUAUAUUCUAUCUUUCUGUCUAGCUGUCAUACGCAACUAACCAAAAACUACGCAAAAACUCAAAUUCAACGUCAAAAAUCAGUAGAUAACAUAGUUACACUUUGAAUCGUCAAUUUUUACAUAACGAACAUCUCAUCCGCCUAAAACUACUGCAGCUUCUCACAACCUGUAUAGCCGGGGAAAAGAAGCUGCAAGAUAAACCUCGCAACAGGGCCCUAGACGUUCUUUAAAAAAAAUAAACAUAAAAUAUUGGUAUACAAUUGAGUAAUUUAGCUGCCUAAAAUCAGUUCUCAGACAGUUAAUCCCAUGCAUUCAUAUCUUCUAAAUAAUCACUAACUUUAUAAUAACCUUUACCAGGAGCGCAAGAACCAUAGUA